CCCAAUUAGAGGGCAGAGUCAGCCCCUGCUGUGUGUGUGAUCUCAAGUCCCAAGACUUCACUUAAUGUCAGACAUUAAAAGAAUUGUCUGCCCCCUCUGUAUUACACAAUCUCUCACUCGUCAGCCUCUCCUCAUAAUUAACUGCUAGUGUGCCGUAGUGCCCUGCAUGUAUUAACCACGGGCCAGUCAGACUUGAUUUCAAUUAAUCGCCUUUGUAAGGUAUCACAUAGAAUCUGAUAAUUGUUUCAUUGCCAAGCCUUACAAAGAAAUCCCCUGUGCAAACAUAAUUCCUCAGUCCUUCCGAGGGCUGGCUACUGUUUUAUUCUGGCAGCUGUAUCACACUGGGCUAUUAUUGUUGCCAGCUUACUCCGUCCAUGCCAGGGAGCUGAGAAAAAAAAGUAAAAAAGAGAGAGCGGGCCCCUGGCAAGUAAUAGCUUGUGUGAAUGCAUCAUUCAAAGCACUGAGGGUUCCAGGAGUUAAAUCUCUCUGUGACUGGUAUGUGAAAUCACAGGGAGAAGUGAAAUCAGGUUCUGUCCCACUGCUCUUGCACACACAGAGGGGAGGGUGGGCAAACGGAAGGAAAUCUUAUGACUUUCACAUUGCCAUUCUGAAAGCCUCUCCUGAUCACUGGGGAAUAGUCUGAAUGCUUUCUCGCCGGCCACACUGAUAGACAAGCAGAGAAUUAGAGAAUUUGCUGAUUGAAGCCUAAUUACUCCUAACCAUUUGCUUGCCCAACAUCGGUGUGAAACCAUCUAAACCAGCAGGUCAUACAAUGCAUGAUUACCUAUAAAGGUAACAAACUACAGCCCUAUGGCCUCCGCCGCAUUGGUACCAGAUUCACACAGCCAUGUACUGGCAGAAUUUGACUCCCUUGAUCCUUUGCUUUCGGCCCUCCGGUUGGAUUCAAAUCGUUUAAAGUGUACUUGCUUAUCUGUGUCUCGAAAAUGGCUGGCACUAGGAAGUUCUGGAGGGGGCCUAAACCUCAUACAAAGAGAUGGGUGGAAGCAGCGACUCAUUCUCACUCACAAGGAAGGUGCAAUUUCUCGUGUUUCUUGCUGCGGUCAUGAUGAAGAUUAUGUAGCUGUGGCAACCAGCCAGGGAAUUGUGGUAGUCUGGGAACUAAACCAAGAGCGUCGUGGGAAACCAGAGAGGAUCUAUGUAUCCACAGAACACAGGGGCAGGAAGGUGACUGCCCUCUGCUGGGACACAACGGUACUACGUGUCUUUGUAGGGGAUCAUCUGGGCAAAGUGACCGCCAUCAAACUGAACUCUUCAAAACAAGGAAAGGUGGCCCCUGCUUUUGUCAUGUUCCCGGUUCAGAUCAUCACCACUGUUGACUCCCGUGUGGUACAACUGGACUAUCUUGAUGGCAAAUUGCUUAUAUCCUCCCGAACACGUUCCUAUUUAUGUGAUACAGAGAGGGAAAAAUUUUGGAAAAUAGGCAACAAGGAAAGGGAUGGAGAAUAUGGAGCCUGCUUUUUCCCAGCUGGGAGGAACUUGGCUGGCCAGCAGCCAUUAAUUUACUGCGCUCGACCUGGAUCCCGGAUGUGGGAAGUGAACUUUGAAGGAGAGGUGCAAAGUACCCAUCAGUUCAAGCAACUCCUGUCCUCUCCACCUCUUCCCAUUAUUCACCCAAGAUUAGACCUUCAGUAUGAUUCCACCCAGAGACCCCCGCAGUCUUUAGCAUUUGCCAAACUCUUGUACUUAAGUGAACACAGCGUCCUGACAUGGACGGACCGAGCGAUUUACAUCUUUAUCCCUCAGAAUGUGCAGGUUCUACUGUGGAGUGAAGUGAGAGACAUCCAAGACAUAUCCAUCUAUAAGAAUGAUCUGUUCUGCCUGCACCAUGAUGGCAAGGUCUCCCACUUCUCCUUGCUGCCAGUGGAGCGAUGUGUUGAACGUUUGAUCAAAAGAAAUUGCUGGGAUGUGGCUGCCAGGGUGUGCCAUCUGUUCCAGAACAUCAUUGUUUUGAGUAAGGGAAGAAAAGUCUUACCCAUGGACAAAUUAGAACACUUGAAGGCCCAGCUGGACAUUGUAACACAGCAAGAAUCCAUUGCCCAGCUGGAAGAUUUGAUGUCCAAGCUUGAGCCUCUGGAUUCGGCCUGCAGCAGCAGAAGAAGCAGUAUUUCCUCCCAUGAAAGUUUCAAUGUGUUAGACUGCGGAAUUUAUCGGGUUAUCAGCCGCAGAGGCAGCCAGUCUGAUGAAGAUUGCGAGUCCUUACACAGCCAAACACUGUCUGAGGAUGAUCGGUUACGGGAACUUUCAUUACAACAAGAGGAAGAGCAAGGAGAUCUUGACAGUGUAUCUCAUGCCUCCGUGACAGUUGACAGUGAUCGAAAUGAGAUUUUGCUUCCAUUUAACAUCCAGUUGCCAUUCCGUUCUACAUCUCCACGUGUGUCGCUGCAGGCAAUGAAAGACAGUGUUACCAGCUUUGUGAGGAAAACCACUGAGAAAAUUGGAACCCUUCACAUGAAUCCUGAUAUCAGAAUGCGGCAGGAGGUGAAAGAAGAUGACCGAUUGCUUGAUGUGCCUGCCAAUGACCUGGCCCAACCAGAGGAGGAAAAGAAUGAGGUAGACUCCCACCAUCCAUCUUGUGAGGAAGUCAGCCUGGGAGAGUUAAAACUGUCAACAGCCGCAGCUAUAUCAAAAAUCCAAGAUCCUGAGAUAUUGUUUGACCCCGAGGCUAUGGUAACAAUUUUAUGCAAGUGGCUCCCAUACCUGGAAAAAGCUUUUGGUCAUCAGACUGAUUCCUCCGACCAAGAUUCAGAUGGUGAUGUGCCAGCUACAAGCUCAUCCUGUAAUAAUGAGGAGGGCGAAGAAUUGGCGAUGACAGAGACUGAGGGAAGAGGGCAGACUGACUUGACUAAAACGGAGCACCCUGUUAUUUUUCGGGUGACGGCCCCAUUUCCCAUAGAGGAGGGUGUUCGUCGGGACUUGUCCCACCUGGCCAUGCUCUGUUUGGAAUUCAAAGUUUUCACAGAUGGAAAGGAUCCAUUGCCCUCAGAUUUAGAUUCUCCUGUCUGUUGCUUUAUACAGAGUUACUUUUUCCUUUUAGAUCUUAAGAGACUGAAACGUUGUAUAGCCCUCCAAUACACUGGCUGCCCAACAGUCUGGGAUACCUAUGUGCAAGGGCUGCAAGACCUGACAAGUUCUACACCAGUAGCUUUAACGAUAGCCAGUGAGGAUCUGGUGAAUGUUAUCAAGUUAUUAAGUGACGAAGAGCCGUGGGAUAGCCCUUUGCUGCUUGCUCAUGCCUGCAGGAUGUAUGAAAAGUUUGGGGAAACUGCCAUCCGGUCUUUGACAAGAUUCUAUCCUUCCAUUGUGCCCUUGGAUGUCAUGCAGCUCUGCCGAGGAACUCAAAGGCACUUCCUUGCUUAUCUGGACAGCCUGAUUAAAUCAAAGCCAGCCGAUCAACGGUCCUCUCUGCUACAGUCUCUUGUGCAGCCAGAAUCUCUGAAAAUGGACUGGCUUUUGCUGGCUGUUUCCCAUGAUGCUCCACAAACCAGCAACACCUUGGACUCAGAAGGGAAUCCCAGGCCAAAUUCCCACCUUUUCACCUGGGGUUAUGGACCUUUAAUUGAUCUUCUAAUAAAACUGCCUGCAGAUUAUGAAACAAAACAGAAGAUGUCAACAGUGUGCAAAACAUUUGGAUACUGGCUGGGAUAUGUGUCUUUGUGUUUGGAGCUGGGCAGAAGGAUAGAAGCCCUGACAAACAUUGUGUUCCUUGAUGAUCUGAGUCUUAUUGAUGAAGUCAAAGGUGUCAUACCAGAGACCAUAGAUGAAUGGAAAUUAAUUCUUCAGCUAGCAAAAAGUCAUGACUCUCUUCAUUAUCAUUAUCAUGAUCACCACGAGCAUCAAAAUGGCACAGCAAAUGGAAGUUCUGUCAGUAACGGCCGCACUGACUGGCCAAACUGCAUCACAGUGGAGAAUGUAGCCCUCCUUCUGGUGAAGGUGAUUGGCACAGAGCGUGCUUGGCCUUAUCUGCAGGAAUGGGGGGCGACGGAGAGCUUCUCUGAGAGAUAUACCAAGGUCUGUGAUAUCAUGAAAGUGGCUGAGAAAAGACAGAGAGCGCUGAUCCAGUCUAUGUUGGAGAGAUGUGAGCAGUUCCUGUGGUCGCAGCAAGCAUGAUGGCAUCUCCACUUUGGCCUCAGGAGGAGAAAAGAGAAAGCCAUGAUAGGAAGCAAGCAAUAAGGCAAUGGUGGGCUGGAUAGCUGGUGGGAGUUUGCUGUUGGUACCAUUGCAUUGAGCUACUGAAAGUGCCUGGGAUCAUGAACCUUAUUCAUAUCUGUAAGAUACCAAUGUUGUUACCUGCCCAAGGCAGAAUAUUUGCAGUCACCGUGCCUCACUUCUUAGCUCUAAUGUUAACAUAUACCCAGCAGGGAUUGCUGCCUGAACAAUAUGCAAUGCUGGUGUCAUAGAGCUGUAAGCAUAUCAAUAAGUAUAGAAUAUACAUUGUUACCCCUUGCGCUUAUUAUUAUAAUCAUUACCAGGGUACAAGUGUAUUGUAAAUACCGUGCCUUAUCUCUCAUUCUCUGCAGUAAAUGUGGGCCACAGAGAGAAUAUGCUAUGGCCCUUCUAAUUUCAUUCUAUGUAAGGAAUAUUUUGUCUGCUGUAUAAUGCCUCUGUUUCCCAAAGGAGCAUAUUAUUAUUUAGGGUUUUUAAUGAGUGACCCUGUGAAAUGGGCAUUGCAUGGCGACCCAUGAUGGGCAUUGGAGCACAAAGAUGCAGGGGCAAAUGACGGCAUUAAGAUCUGUGUUUUAACCUGCAUUCUGAGCAAAUGAGACUUGCAGCUUACGGAAUAAGGUAUUAUUGCAAGUUUAUGUUUCUCCUGUCUGUUACUUGGGCCAUGAGAACAAAUAUUAUCUUGGGCUGUAUGUGAUAUCAGCAGUGUUACAUCAUGUACUGAAUUAAGUCAUCCCUUGCUGUAAAUAGGAGGGAUGUAUAUUUAUAGUUCUAUUAGUUGUACUUUAUGCACUUCUAUUAUGUAUGCGCCAUUAAUCUGUAAAUUUAACUUAUCAGUACAAGACACAUUAUGAUCAGUGCAUCAUAAUACACUUUAUAUUAAAUGAGCCGCGGCUCUGUGACUAGCCUGUCUGUGACUAGCAUAGAUGUCAGAAUGGAAGAUAAAGGCUAGAAAUGAAUAGAAUAGAAUAACAAGACGUAGCCUCACACUGUAUCUGAUUUGCUGGACCCAUGACCAGGUUAGGAUUUUCUAUAUAGGCACCCAAGGACCUGUACCUAUAUAAAAACCCCUCAGCCUGUGGUCAGACACUAGCAGUGAAAUCCAGCAGUGGAGCUGAAGGGGAGCGGGGUAGCCCUCCCUGACCCUAUCUAUGCAUGCACAGUUGUCCAACUGCCAGUUGUAGUUCUGCCAUAGUUGGAGGACAGCGAGUAGAAGAACCCUGUGGCUUCCUGCAUUGCCAGCUUCCUCUUCAUCGAGGUGGGAUUUCCCCCCUCAAGUGCCUCUAUAUCCAAAGUAAAUCAAGCAUAUGGCGACCCUACUUGUUUGUGCUACUUGGAGCUGCUAAUUAGAAACUGUAAAAAGAAAAUUUGGAACAAGAGGACUGUAUGGUUUAGCUAUAAAAUCAGUGUUUUUUUAUAUGUACAAAUUAAUAGUAACUGAAGCAUUAAUAAAAUGUUGCACUUGAAAUGUAUAAUAAACAUAUAAACAUUCA